UGCGCUCUGUCUGAACCGACUGAGGCCUUUGCGUUUCGGGGAGGCCGGUCCACGGGCAGGGAAGCUGACCGGGCGGUGGGUGUUAGGUCACAUUUGAAUCUUAGCAGGAACCAAGCAUUGCCUCCUUUCUCCAGGAGUCCACACGCAGUGUCUACUGUGUGCUGACACCAUUCUAUGUCCUGGGGAUUCAGUGAGCAAGACCGAGAAGGUUCUUAUGGAGCUUAAAUUUUGGUGGAAGAAAACACACAAAACUCAAGGAAAUAAACGGGAUCAUUUCAGAUAGUGUGUGACAGUGGGAAGAUGGAAGAGUACGAGGAAUUCUGUGAGAAAGCACUCGCCCGAGUUCAGGAAGCAUCACUGUCCACAGAGAGCUUCCUGCCUGCCCAGGCAGAAAGUAUCUCACUCAUCCGCUUCCAUGGGGUGGCUGUGCUUUCUCCACUGCUUACCACCGAGAGGAGAAAGGCAAUUCAACAGGAAAAGCAGAAAGCACUUGAUAUCCAAACAAGAAAGCAGGCCAAUAGGAAGAAAGCUUUACUGACUCGGGUCCAGGAAAUUCUUGAAAAUGUCCAGGUUAGAAAAGCACCGAAUGCCAGUGAUUUUGAUCAGUGGGCGACAGAAACCAUUUACUCUAAUCCAGAAGUCAGAAACUUGGAUGCUCCUGCUACAGUCCCAAACAGCUUGCCAAGCCCCACUGAGCACUGUACUUCAGUAAAGCUUGAAAAGAUAACUGGACUUUGGCCUGUGGGUAAUAAAGACCAAUGUAACCCUAAUGGGAUGAGCCUGCCUAGAGACUCAGAAGGGUCUGGUUCUCCGAAGCGGUGUGAGAGUCCAGACAGCAGGCAGGCAGAAAAUGGAGCUGCUCCAAGGCUCUCUGCAGAGAGCUCCCAGGAGACUCUCAUUUCUGAUGGCCCCCUCUUAGCAAAGGAAAAACUGGACCCAUCGUGUUUGCCUGAAGGCACUCCAGAUCCCUACAUAAUGAGCCUUCAGAAUCUAAUGAAGAAGUCAAAGGAAUACGUGGAAAGAGAACAGUCUAGGCGAAGUCUGAGAGGUAGUACAAAGAGAACUGUUAGUGAAAGCCAUUCAGACAAAGAAAACGAUGCUGCUAAGGCAAGUGACUGUGUGAAGGAGAAGGCCCUACCCAUGCCCACAGGCAGGCACUGUGGCUCCGCCAUCCCUGACAAACCAAGCCUUAAUAAGUCAAACGUUCUCCUCCAAGGUGCUUCUCAAGCAAGCAACAUGGGCACGUCAGUUUUAGGUAGCUUUUCCAAAGUAGAUCUCCCCGUAGGAACUGACUCUCCUGCUGUUCUAGAUGCCGAGUCAGAUUUUAAAGUUAUUCCCACCUUGAUUACUGAAAAUAAAGUUAUCAAAAGUCUUACAGGUCCAUAUGCCAAAUUACCUAGUCCUGAGCCAAGUGUGAGUCCCACAAUGCAUCGAAGGCGUUCUAGGCCAUCAUCAGCAUGUCAGAUCCUUAUAAAUAACCCAGUAAAUGCCUGUGAGCUGAGCCCAAAGGGAAAAGAAGAGGCAGGGGAUAGAGUCGCUCCAGCUGACACUGCAACAACAAAUGAAUCUGAAAUUGUGCCAAAGUCACCGGCUGAUUUAGCGGGAGUUUGUUCCAGCAAGGUUUCUGCUGGCAAAAUAGCAUUGGACACCACAAGAGAUACUGUUGUAGGUAAGACGAGUCAGGUCCAUCAGGCCUUAGGAAAUCAAUUAGACAAUACAGCCACUGUUGAGGAUGCUGCUGUGGAAGGCCCCUUCACACCCGAUGAGCGGGGAGUGCAGAAAGUAGAUAGUACUUGUAUGGCUGUGCCCACGUUGCACGAACUUCACACCACCAGGCAGUGUGUAGCAAGUCAAACUGCAGAAGAUGUGUGUGGACUCAAGUCAGCCAGUAUGUCAGCAAAAAACUCCUGCAGUCUACAAAUGGAACUGAAUAAAUCGUACGAUGUGAAAAACCCAUCUCCCUUACUUAUGCAAACCCAGAAUUCCAGACAGCAAAUGGACACGUCUCCAGUGCCCUGUGGAAAUGAACAGUUUUUGGAUAACACUUUUGAAAAAGUUAAGCGGAGACUUGAUUUAGAUAUUGAUAGUUUGCAAAAAGAAAAUUGUCCUUACAUUAUAACAGCUGGAGUAGCUGAGCAGGAGAGGGAACAUCUGCCCGAAAGAAGAUACCCGAAGGGAUCCGUCUGCAUUAACAAGAAUAAGAUGCUAGAAACUAGCCCUAAAGGCCAGGAGAUACUGAAAAGCAAGAUGUUAGCUUUUGAAGAAAUGCGGAAGAGACUGGAGGAGCAGCAUGCCCAGCAGCUGUCACUCCUCAUAGCGGAGCAGGAGAGGGAGCAGGAGCGACUGCAAAGGGAAAUAGAAGAGCAGGAGAAGAUGUUGAGAGAGAAGACGGCUACCUCAGAUGUCUCUGACUCGCACAGUACGCUGGAGCUGGAGUGGAGAAAACGAAGCGGUUCUGCCCUGCUGGACACGAUGCUGUCCCAGGUGGACUUGCUCCGGACUCCAGACAACUCUGACUUCACGAAUUCUGCCCUACAAUAUAGCUUUGGCUCUGCAAGUGAAGCACCGUUCUACCUCUGGGGAUCCCUGGCCAGUGGCGUGACCAAACUCUCAGGAACAAGGCCUUUCGGAAGGGCCCAAGCUAAACGGUCUCAGGUUUUUAGUCCAGAAAUACAAGCAAAAUUUAACAAAAUAACUGCUGUGGCAAGAGGAUUUCUUACUCGUAAACUUAUGCAGACAGACAAACUGAAGCGGCUUCGGCAAACUGUGAAAGACACCAUGGAAUUCAUGCGAAGCUUUCAGUCAGAAGCCCCGCUGAAGAGAGGUGUUGUCUCAGCCCAAGACGCUUCCCUUCAGGAACGAGUCUUAGCUCAGUUGCGAGCUGCCCUGUAUGGUAUUCAUGAUAUCUUCUUCGUAAUGGACGCAGCUGAGAGAAUGUCAAUCCUCCGCCAUGAUCGAGAAGCCCGCAAAGAGAAACUGCUGAGGCAGAUGGAUAAAAUGAAAAGUCCACGAGUGGCGCUUUCAGCGGCAACACAGAAGUCUCUUGACAGGAAGAAGUUCAUGAAGGUUGCUGAGAUGGGAAUGCCAAAUAAGAAGUUCCUGCUUAAGCAAAACCCUUCAGAGACAAGAGUCCUUCAGCCAAACCAAGGACAGAAUGCACCUGUUCAUAGGCUCCUUAGUAGACAAGGAGCCCCUAAGACAUCAGUGAAGGGGGUUGUGCAAACUAGACAGAAGCCUUCACAGAGCAGAGCGCCUAACAGAGCGCCCGUGUCAGGAGCAUAUGCAGGAAAAAUCCAAAGAAAGCGGCCAAAUGUUGCGACAAUUUAAGAAGACAGCAUUCACUGGGAUGAAGCAGGGGAGGAGGGCGUGCUGUUACCCACAUUCCAUUCCCUGGCUAGGACUUUUGACUUAGCCCUGGACUCUGUUUAUAUAGGCAAAGAGACAGCAAGGGCUGAACAUUUGUAUGUAUAAUCUGGUCAGUUCAGAGAAUUCCUGCCUCAUUUUCCUAUUAAUGUUAGUUUGGGUGAAGAUGAUUAGCAUAUAGUAAUUGCCUCGACUCUGAGCUCAGCAUAUAUAAACAUACUGUAUGUGCCCAGAGGUCUAUAGUUACCCUUUUUUAUGAGUAUAAUAAAUUUGGACUUUAUUUUUACAAAGUAUUAAAAAGAUACCACCAAUUAUAAAUUAUCCCUAAAACCUAAAUUUCAUUCAUGACUAUAUACUGAUUGCUGAAUUUGAUAAACAAAUUAGAUACUGUUCUAUUCAAAAGGAAAUUAUUGCCAAAGUAUAUGUUUUUCUAAUUUUAAACACUCAAGAUUCCAUAUUCUUUGUCUUGCAAUGUAGCUACAUAGGAUGAAACACUUGCCACACUAAAUCCCAAAUAAGAAGUGGCAGGGGGUCAUGGUUUUGGGUAGAACAUUCCUGUGGACAAAUAGUUGUUUUACAGAAAUGUUAGGUUUCAUGUAUGUUACUAUUAGGUACAGGUAGACUAGAUUCUGAGUACUUUCUUGGAAGGUGGCAAGUUUAGAAAAGACAGCACAAUCUUCAUGAAUAUAGCACCUGGGAAUGCACUGUGAAAAUAGGGCCAGGAGAGUGCAUGCAGUUAAUUCUAUUUCGUCUGUAUAGUUUACUUCUUCAUAGUCUUCUUUUUUCAGCAUGCUUUACUUAGGAGAGAAUAAAGGGCUAUUUAAUAAGAAAUCUGGAUAGAUAGCAUAGUAAUACUAUGUCUAGUUUAAAACUUGCAAUAAAGGCACUGAGAUUUAUGACUAACAUAUUCAUUAAAUGCAUCAACAAUGUACCAAGAGAAUAUGAUUUUAUGAAAGAGAAUGUUACUUUUCAUAUAAUUCUAAAAAGGGCUCUGUGCUUCUUACAUAACAUUGGGAUUGUGUAUAUUUGAUCCUUAUAACUUGAAUUUUAAAGACAGUAGUAUUUCAAAGAUGCAGCCUAUAUAUAUUCUUAAUAACCUUUUAGGAAUAUUGAGCUAAAGAUUGUUUUUCUGAUUUUCUUUCACCUGAGAUUUGACUUUUAUACCCAGCCAUAGUUACAAAAUAAUAACCCACUCUGGGUAUAAACUUGGUUUUCUUUAUUGAGACUUACCAUUUAUUGAAUAGAAAAAGAAGACAGUAAAAAAAAAAAAAA